AUGGGUUCUUGCGAGGAUGUGGAGUACGGGGACGUCUUCUCCGUCCCCAACCCGGCGGCUGCCCCCGCCUACGCGCUCGACUUCUCCCUCCACCACCACUACCACCACCAGCAGCAGCAGCAGCUCCGGUUCCCCCCUUCUUCAUACGGCUUCCACGGCCUUCCUGCCGGUCCCGCCGCCCAUUACCAGCCGUCGCCGCCGCAGUCGGCGCUGAUUGGCAGCACGCCGAGCCCCGUCUCGACCACCACCGACCUGGGGAGCCCCGAGGAAGCGUCCGACGACGCCGUGCUCGCCUACAUCAACCAGUUCCUCCUCGAGGAUGAUGACGACGACGAGUCCUCUGCUCCCGGCGCCGCCGCCGCGCCGGCGCGGGACUCGGCGCUCCUCGCCGUCGCCAAGCCCUUCGUCGACAUCAUCGCCGACGCCAAGCCGGCGUACCAGCACAGUUCCUGGACGGAUCCCUGCUGCGCUUUCGCGGGAAUGGGAGGAGGAUCCCCUGACAUGUUCGUCAGCAGCAGGCAGAGCUCCUGCCAGUUGGUGCCCUGCGAUUCCGUGAAGGUGGAGGAGGAGUGCGCCGUCCACAAGGGCCGGAAGAACCGGCACGGCGACGACGACCUGGAGCCGGAGGACGAGAGGCGGCGCAAGCAGCUCGCGCUGUCCGAGGAGGAGACCGUCCGGGAGAUGUUCGACAAAGUGCUCCUCUGCAACGGUGUCAACUGCAUCCUCCAGUCGCCGCUGCCGGCCGAAGCGGAGAUCAGCAGCGUGUACGUGAAAGGGUCAGGGAACCGGAGAGGGCGCAAGAAGGGGAAGACCGGAGUGCCCACCGUGGAGGAGGAGUCCGUCGACCUGACGACGUUGCUCAUACACUGUGCCCAGGCCGCGGCUAUCGAUGAUCACCGCGGUUCGGGUGAGUUGCUGAAGCAGAUCAGGCGGCAUUCUUCCCCUCAUGGGGAUGCCGGGCAGAGGCUGGCGCAUUACAUUGCUAAUGGGCUCGAGGCUCGCCUUGCCGGCACCGGUAGCACCGUCUACCGCUCGCUUGUCGCGCGGCGAACUUCUUCCGCUGACAUGCUGAAAAUAUUCAAGCUAUAUGGGACGGCAUGCCCGUUCAUCAGGAUGUCCAGGUUCUACUCGAAUGAAGCCAUCUUGGAUGCUGCUGCCAAGGGUGUGACAAGCGUGCACAUUGUGGACUAUGGUAUAGACUGGGGCUUCCAGUGGCCAAUCUUCUUGCAGCGGAUCUCCAAGAGAGAUGGCGGCCCCCCAAGAAUCCGCAUCACCGCCAUCGACUUACCGCAGCCAGGGUUCCGGCCUGCAGAGCGUUUAGAGGCGACGGGCCGGCGGUUAAGCGAGUACGCCAAGAUGUUUCAUGUCCCCUUCGAGUAUCGCGCAAUUGCUGCCAAGUGGGAUGCCAUCCGAGUCGAAGACCUCAGGAUCGACAAGGAUGAUCUUCUUAUUGUCAACUGCUUGUUCAGAAUGCGGCACAUGAUGGACGAGACGGUGACCGACGAGAGCCCGAGGAAGACGGUCUUGAACACGAUCAGGAAGAUGAACCCGCAUCGGUUCAUCCACGCGGUUGUCAACGGCACCUACAACGCGCCAUUCUUCGUGACGCGCUUCAAGGAGGCUCUGUUCUAUUUCUCCUCGCUCUACGACAUGCUCGAAGCGACUGCACCGCCGGCGGAUGAGCACAGGCAGCUGAUCGAAAGGGAAUACUUCGGGCGGGAGGUUCUCAACGUGGUCGCCUGCGAGGGCACGGAGAGGGUCGAGAGGCCGGAGACCUACAAGCAAUGGCAGGUAAGGAACCUCAGGGCAGGGUUCAGGCAGGUGCCUCUGCUUCAAGAGUCGGUGAAAAAGGCAAGAUACAAGGUAAUCAAGAGCUAUCACAGGGAUUUCUUCGUCGACGAAGAUAACAAGUGGAUGCUGCAGGGUUGGAAGGGCAGAGUCAUCGGCGCCCUAUCCACAUGGAAACCUAGCUAG